AUGAGGGAAAUUGUGCACAUCCAGACCGGCCAGUGUGGAAACCAGAUUGGCACCAAGUUCUGGGAGAUGAUCAGUGAGGAGCACGGUAUUGAUCCGACUGGUACAUACCAUGGAGACAGCCCCGUGCAGCUGGACAGGAUCAAUGUGUAUUACAGUGAGGCUACUGGUGGGUAUGUGCCCAGAGCCAUCCUUGUGGAUCUGGAACCAGGUACCAUGGACUCAAUCCGCUCCGGACCCAUCGGACAGCUCUUUCGACCCGAUAACUUUGUCUUUGGCCAGGGCGGGGCAGGUAACAACUGGGCCAAAGGUCACUACACGGAGGGGGCGGAGCUUAUGAAUUCGGUCCUGGACGUGGUGAGGAAGGAGGCAGAGAACUGCGAGUGCCUCCAGGGUUUCCAGUUCACCCACUCCCUGGGCGGCGGCACCGGCUCUGGUUGCGGCACGCUGCUCAUCAGCAAGAUCCGUGAGGAGUACCCCGACCGUAUCUUAAGCACCUUCAGCGUGGUGCCCUCCCCCAAGGUGUCAGACACGGUGGUGGAGCCUUACAACGCCACCCUGUCCGUCCACCAGCUGGUGGAGAACACGGAUGGGACGUACUGCAUCGACAACGAGGCUCUUUACGACAUUUGCUUCCGCACGCUCAAAUUGACCACGCCCACCUAUGGUGACCUCAACCACCUAGUCUCAUACACCAUGAGCGGCGUCACCACCUGCCUUCGCUUCCCGGGGCAGCUGAACGCCGACCUCCGCAAGCUCGCCGUCAAUAUGGUGCCCUUCCCCCGCCUGCAUUUCUUCAUGCCGGGCUUCGCCCCCCUGACUAGCAGAGGGAGUCAGCAGUACCGGGCCCUGACGGUGCCUGAGCUCACGCAGCAGGUGUUCGACGCCAAAAACAUGAUGGCCGCCUGCGACCCACGCCACGGCCGUUACCUUACGGUGGCCGCUAUAUUCCGCGGCCGCAUGUCCAUGAAGGAAGUAGACGAGCAGAUGACGAAUGUGCAGAACAAGAACAGCAGCUGCUUCGUGGAGUGGAUCCCCCACAACGUGAAGACCGCCGUCUGCGACAUCCCGCCCCGGGAGCUCAAGAUGGCCGUCACCUUCAUCGGCAACACCACUGCCAUCCAGGAGCUUUUCAAGCGUAUCUCGCAGCAGUUCACCGCCAUGUUUCGCCGCAAGGCCUUCCUCCACUGGUACACGGCUGAGGGCAUGGACGAGAUGGAGUUCACCGAGGCCGAAAGCAACAUGAACGACCUAGUGGCCGAGUACCAGCAGUACCAGGACGCCACCGUCGAGGAGGACGAGUUCGAGGAGGAAGACGCCUGA